GUUAUGCAGUGUACAACAGCGAAUUUCCCCUUCAGCUUAAUCCUGCAGCCAGUCAAUGGAAAAUGAAUCGAAUGAACCAACCUAAAGAGAUACAGAAGAAGGAAUCCCAUUGAAAAGGUGACAGAUGGGUUCUCCUGCGUAAUUCUGGAGCCUGCGACACUCUCUCAGUCACACUAUCCUCUGCGAUGGCCUGGACACGAGUGCUUCUUCUCUCCCUACUGGCUGGGGUCCUGCUUCUCAACUUCUUCAGAGAGACUCAGGGUGCAGCUGUGAGGGAUGACAACGACGACGACAAAGAAGCAACGUCUAAAGGGCCUUUGAGCCGAGUGUUUAUGGAAGCGCCAGACGCAACCCAUUUUCUUAAGCGCCGGGGUCGACGCUCCCCGAAAUCCUACGCUGAGAUGAUAGCUGAGGUCAGGGUGCAGCGGGCUACGAGUGAGCGCAGGAGGGAGUACUACGAGGAGCAGAGGGACGAGCGCGAGAACUACGCGGAGGAGCAGCGGGAUGAACAAAAUGAGAGGACCUCGGAGAGGAACGAACAGUACCGCGAGUACAGUUACGACGGCAUGUACUCACGAUACCCGCAUCAUCGCCCUCCCCACUGAGCAUGCUCGGUAACCAAGGAAACAGAAAGGAGAGCCACAGCUGCUCAGAGGGCUCGGCCUUCUGUGAAUGGCUGUCUUGAUGUCAGUCAAAGAUAUCUCUGAAUGGAUAUUUACUAAGCUGAUGAUUUAAGGGGCAAUUACUUUAAGCAUUCACAAAAUGGGAGCAAAGUUUUAAGCAAAUGAAGUUAUUUGUUGCUACAUACCAAAGACAGCUCCCUUACAUGUUUAAAGACAUAUCAAAUUUGUUAAAAUGUAAUGGUUUAGUUUGUUUGUGUAAUGUCUUGUUGACACAUAUUCAUAUUUGAGUUAUUUACAAUAACUUGUAUUAAUCAUUUUAAAAGUUAAAGUUUUAUUUCCUGUUAUAAUAUCUAAUGUUGUCUCAAUCCUAAUGAAACCAGUGUUAAUAUUAUCUUGACUAGUAGUCACCCUGUGCAUGGACUCCAUCCCACAUUCCUUAUCGUGAAAUAUCUUUGCACUGUUCUGAUUACUGGUUAGGGAUUUCACUGCUAAGAUACUCACUUAACUGUAUUCUAUGUUUAGGUUAAAUAAAAUGGUGCUAUAAUUAACAACUGGAAGGAAACAAACCUCUAUAUGUGUCUGGACAGAGAACUGGGAAUACUCCAAGUUCUGUGUGUGUGUGUGAGAGGGAAAGAGAUGAGGACUGAAAUGAGAUUAUUUCUUCUGGAAUAUUCAUCAGGGAAAGGCCCACUGCUCAAGAGUGAGCUGGAACUGAGAUUCUAUGGAAUGCAAGACCCUUUUAACAUUCCACGACUCAGAACUUACGACAGCUUGGAAAAUCAUCUGUGACCGUCAAGCUGACAAGCAGGCAGGAUGUCUUAGAACCAGAGCAUUCCUCCAUCCCCAUCUGAAUGCUUUAUGUUAUCCUUUACCCUAGACUCUUCAGAUGGACCACAGACCAUCUGGCUACAGUAGCUGCUAUUGCAUCUAAUUGUAAUGAUGGAUGUAUUAUGGACCAGAGGACACAUAUAGCUAGAUAGGAGUGGUUUGUGAAAUUGUGAAAAAAGGCACUGUAUGGCCACAUAUGAUUAUGAUCUGCUAUCAGAUCGGUCUCAGCCUAAGUAGCCUAGUCUGUCGUUUUUGCUGUUGCUGUCUGUUUUAAAGAAAAUGAAAUGAACAUUCCAGUGAGUUAUUCCAGUGAGUUCCUUUUGCUGGUAGUUAACAGCAAUUCUGUUUCUGAAUGUGCAUGAUACAGGUUUUUGGAACACAUAUAUAUUUUCAGAUGAGAUGUGGGGAAACAGGCAUUUGUUGACACAUUUAUGCUGUGACACUUCUGUGUAGAUGCAAAAAAAAAAAAAAAAAAGUGUAUU